UUAUAUGUAUCUAGUUCUUAUAACAUUUUCUUAUCUUAUCUUCUCUCUAUCUCUGAGGCUUCCAUAGAAACUUUUAGAGAGAGAUGGCUCGCAUAGCAUUCGGAAGAUUCGAUGAUUCCUUCAGUUUUGGCUCCAUCAAGUGCUAUAUUGCAGAGUUACACUCAACCUUGAUCUUUGUUUUUGCUGGUGUUGGUUCUGCCAUUGCCUAUGAUAAGUUGACAUCAGGUGCAGCUCUUGAUCCUGCUGGGUUGGUAGCAGUUGCUGUUUGCCAUGCUUUCGCUCUCUUUGUUGCAGUUGCUGUUAGUGCCAACAUCUCUGGUGGCCAUGUCAACCCUGCAGUGACUUUUGGCCUAGCUCUUGGUGGCCAGAUCACCAUUCUCACCGCUAUCUUCUACAUAAUUUCGCAGCUUCUUGGCUCCAUAGCCGCUUGCUUGCUCCUCAAGCUUGUCACUGGAGGCUUGACUAUUCCAAUCCACAAUGUUGGAGCUGGAGUUGGAGCAGGAGAAGGAGUUGUUGCUGAGAUUAUAAUCACAUUUGGAUUGGUGUACACUGUGUAUGCAACAGCAGCAGAUCCAAAGAAGGGUUCACUGGGAACAAUUGCACCCAUUGCCAUUGGUUUCAUUGUAGGUGCCAACAUCUUGGCUGCAGGGGCAUUCUCUGGCGGCUCAAUGAACCCUGCACGCUCCUUUGGACCUGCUGUUAUCAGUGGAGACUUCACUAAUCACUGGAUCUACUGGGUUGGACCUCUUAUUGGUGGUGCUGUGGCUGGUCUUGUCUAUAGCUUUUUUUACAUGCCUACUGAGCAUGCACCAUUGGCCAGUGAUUUUUGAUGAUUUCUUGGAGAUUAUUGCCUUUGUAAUUCAAGUUCCUCUGUAAUAAAGGAGGAAAAGCAAAUCUUGUUUUUCUUUCUUUCUUUUCUUAUCUGAUUUAUCCUUUGGCUUUUUCAGCUUGGCAUGUAAGAGAAUUCAAGAGAUUAUUGAUAUGUGCAGUGGAUCAGUAGUGUUUAAUUAUUCA